AUGUGUGAAGAGGAACACCGAGUUUCUGAGUGUCCCACACUUGUUGAUUCAUCUGUAUCAGAACGUGUGCAGAAGGUCAAGGAUCUCAGACUAUGUUUCAGUUGUCUGGUGAGAGGACACUUAGCUAGAGAGUGCAAGUCAAGGAAACAGUGUGCUACAAAUGGCUGCAAAAGGACUCACCAUAAACUGCUCCACAUGGAUCCACCAAUAGCAAGCUCAGUCACGACACCUCUGGAUUGUGAUAGCAUAUUGCCAGUAGUGAGAGUACUGUUCAAAGCUCAGAAUGGCAGAACACGGGAAGGGAAUGUCUUAGUGGAUGGUGGUGCAGGGACCACAGUCAUAAGAAAGGAUUUUGCAAAGGCUCUUGGACUCCAAGGCAAACAAGAGAGACUUCAUUUGUCAUUAGUAGGAUGUGAAAGGUUGGAAAAUAUCAAUAGCCGACGAGUAAAGUUUUGGGUUUCACCUCUAGAGAGCGGGGAAGAAUCCCAGAUAGAUGCCUAUGAGAUUGACAAGACAGUCUUGAGUAUGCAGCCCUUGGAUAGGCCAGGGUUACAUUCAUUUCCUCACUUGCAGGAUAUUGACUUCCCACACAAAGCUGGACCGAUUGACCUGAUAUUGGGAGUACACUACAGUCACCUGCAUGCGGAAGAAGAGGUACUCCAAGGACUGCCAUUUGAACCAAUUGGGAAGCGGACGAAACUAGGAUGGUAUGCGAUGGGACCAGACAAAACACAACGUCUAUCAUACAUCUGUUCAGUUAACUUUGUUGACAAAGUUAAUCUUGAGAAGUUUUAUGACUUUGAGACCCUUGGGAUUCAGGCUCCCAAUUGUGACUGCCCAACUGAAGUUAUGUCAGGCGAAGAUCGUAAGGCACUUGAAUUGAUGCAAUCAUCUUGUGUCAAGCAGGGAGAUAGAUAUGAGAUUGGUCUUCCAUGGGAAAGGGAUCCAUCAUCAUUGCCAAACAACUACUUUCUUGCCGAGAAGCGCCUCUGUUCUCUGGAACGCAGUCUCCAGAAAGACGACGCAAAGGCGAAGAUGUACAAUGACGCCAUUCAUGAAUAUGAACAGAAUGCCUGGGCUGAGAAAGUUGAUAUGAGUAAAUCACUUUGUGAUCAGGGACCAGUGUAUUAUCUUCCUCAUCACGGAGUCUACCGGCCUGAUAAACCAAGCACACCCCUUCGUGUGGUGCUUGACCCAGCGUGUCAGUACCAAGGUGUGUCACUGAACUCCUACUUGUACAAAGGUCCAGGGUUGAUAGGAAAGCUACUUGGCGUUCUUCUUAAGUUUCGUGAAGAACCUGUAGCCAUAGUUGGAGACAUUUCCAAGAUGUAUUUACAGAUAAAACUCAAAGAUAGUGAUACACAUGUUCAUAGAUUCCUCUGGAGAGACAUAGAAACAGCCACAUGCCCUACUGUUUACAGACUUCUCUGA